AUGGACCUCGCCAUGCGCGUGGUUUGGUUGGCCGUGCUUUUGUCGAGCCUGCCAGUACUGGCCAUGCAGCGCGGCUCUGGUUAUGGUAAAGGCUCUCAAGGAGGCAAGCCUCGCUACUGGGGCACAGGCCCGAGCAACAUGGACAUUUUGAUUGAGGAAGUGAGAGGUUCCCCCAGCUCGCCUUCCGAGUCUCCGCAGGCUAAGAGAAAGUCAAAGAAGGCCAAGGUCAAGAAAGAAAAACGACGUCGUGAAGAGAACUCCCGCGCCGUCUCUCCUGGCCUCGACUCCGCAGAGAAAAAAGAGUUGCAGGACUUCAGACGACAAGCCGAGCUGGAGAAGCUUCGUGCAGAGAUCCGUGCCUCUUUGGAAGGAAGUGCUCCGCCAGAGAAGCUGCCUCAAAAGGAGGCUCCAUCCACCCCGAAGCCAGGCCGCAGCAGUUCAACAAAAGAUGUGCUCACUCCAAAGACAUCCCGCUUGGUGGGUGCAGAGGCUAGGCUCUUCCAGGACGGAGGUGUCAAGCAGCUGGUGGGAAACAGUUGCUCUUCCUGGCAGCAGGUGUCGGAGGAGCUUGCCACUCACAGUUUGCCUGACAUCAAGUGCCUGCUCAAGCAGCUACGCCCCGACGAGAACAUCCCUCGCUCCAAAGCCGAAGUAGCGUGA